AGUUAUACUAAGUAGGUGUUGACGGUCUAUUCUGGGUCAUGCCUUUACUAGAGAAUCUAGAGUUUGCGUCGAAAGAGCUGAUUCAUGCAUUUGUGAACUCCUUCGAUCACAUAUGUUUCGACAUAGACGGAGUUUUGAUGCUUGCCGAACAUCCCAUUCCUGGUGCCAAGGAGUUCCUUUCGAAAAUGAGAAAACUGGGCAAAAAUGUCAUUUUCGCGAGCAACAACAGUGUGUCGUUUUUGGAGACUUUAAUAGAACGGUUGAAACAUUUCGAUGCCAGCGAAAACGAAAUCAUCACACCGAACGAGGCUCUCAUCGACUAUAUGAGGGACGUUAACUUCAAGGGCAACGUAUUCGUAGUUGGCGGAAACGCUACCAAAAAGCAUCUUAAAGACGCUGAUUACAAUGUUGUUGAUUUCCAACCGGAAAAUAUUGAAGAAUGUUUAACUGCCCUGCGGGAUGUAUGUCUGCAAGCCUACAACUCUGGGAGAAGCAUCGGAGCUGUUGUCUUGGAUUUUGAUCUUAAUUUUGGACUUUUAAAGGCACAACGCGUUAUUAAUAUUUUAAACGCAAAUAAAAAUGCGUUGCUUUUUGUGGGUUGUAGAGACGACAAGGGACCACUUUCAAAAGAGUUGGUUAUGCUAGGUCCGAAAUUUUACAUAGACGCAGUCGAACGGACCACAAAUAGAAUAGGAAUACCGUUCGCCAAGCCUAGCGUUUUGUUUAGAGACGCCCUUCGACAGAAAUACGACAUCAAAAAUCCCGCAAGGGUUUUAUUUGUCGGAGAUAGCACCUUCAGUGACGUAGGGUUUGCAAAUAUGUGCGACUUUCAAAGCCUGUUGGUGUUAACCGGGACGACCAAAAAGGACGAUGUUUUGAAUUGGUGUUUUCCCAAAGACGAUAAACCGAAUUUUUACGUAGCAAAUCUCAAAGAACUUUACGAACUGUUAGUCAAAUAUGAUAUGUAAUAAAUUAAUUG